AUAUCAAUAGAUCAGUAGGAAAAAAGACAGCGUGAGACCCUUUUUUUGUUGUUGCGUGAAAUGACGUCGUCGUCGGAUUUAAAAGCAGUCAUGGAUCGACUGCAAACUCAAAUGGCGACUUACCAAGAGUUGAAACGCGAAGUGGAAAACCUGGAAUCGAGGGCCGCUCCCGACGUUUCCGCUGAAAUUGCGGAGCUUGAGAAGCAAAAUGCGAAGAUGCGAUACCGUCUCAACAUCCUCAAACGGUCCAUGGACAAACGAUGCCAGGAAUCCAGCGAUUCGGGAGGUUCUGUUCACGUGAAAGACGACUCAGCAAUGGUCAAUGUCAUCGGUGUACUGGAAACCAUUUUUGCUGCGGCGUCACAAAAGGCGUUUCCGGAAUUGAGCAAUUUCCCUGUUGCGGUUCAUCCUGCGUCGAAGCCCCAGUUUGGAGAUUAUCAGUUCAACUCUGCGUUGGGAAUGGCGAAGGCUUUGUCAGAGAAAGGAGUUAAGAAGAACCCGCGGGAAAUCGCAGUGGCCGUGGUAAACAACGUUGCGGUCAAAGAGAAGAGCGAAUUGAUCGAGUCCCUAGAAAUUGCUGGGCCUGGCUUUGUCAACAUCCGUCUGAAGUCAUCUUACGUUUGUGACCUGGUUUUGUGACCUGGUUCGGGAUAUUUUGCUAUUGGGUGUCCGGCCUCCGAAAGUCAAGCGACAGCGGGUCGUUGUCGACUUUUCGUCUCCAAAUAUCGCCAAAGAAAUGCACGUCGGCCAUUUAAGGUCCACGAUCAUUGGUGAUGGAAUAUCUCGUCUUUGCGAGUUCGUGGGACAUGACGUUCUUCGACUGAAUCAUCUCGGAGACUGGGGCACACAGUUUGGCAUGUUGAUCACCCAUUUGCAGGAAAAGUUUCCGGAUUUUAAGUCGAAAACUCCGGAGAUUAAAGACUUGCAAACUCUCUAUAAGGAGUCGAAACUGCGUUUUGAUACCGAAGACGAUUUUAAGAAACGGGCUUAUUUGGCAGUGAAAUCGUUGCAGAGUCAUGAUCCGGAUUAUAUUCUCGCUUGGGAGCAAAUAUGCGAGGUUUCCAGGAAAGGUUGGUGAAUUUUUCUUAUCGCAAAAAAUACAGGGUUGCCUUCAAUGCUUAAAGGCAUUUUUAAUAUUUGCAUGUCAGAAGCUGUCGUGAAAUUGCUGCAAGACAAGGGUUUGCUGAUAGAAGACGAAGGAAGAAAAGUGAUGUUUGCCAAACCUGAGUCCAGCAAGGUGCCUUUAACUGUUGUGAAAACUGACGGGUCCUAUACCUACGAUACGUCGGAUAUGGCUACUUUGAAGCAGCGAAUCGAAGAAGAAAAGGCUGAUCGAAUUAUUUACGUCACUGACGAAGGACAGUCCACGCAUUUCAAGACGAUUUUUAGCUGCGGGGAAAUUGCAGAAAUCUGGGACCGUAGUAAAGUGCGUGUGGACCACGCCACUUUCGGCGUUGUCUUGGGCGAAGAUGGGAAGAAGUUCAAGACUCGCAGUGGAGACACUGUGCGACUCGCUGACUUGCUCCUAGAGGGCGUUCGUCGAGCCGAGGAAAAGCUGAAGGAAAAAGGUCGGGAUCAGGAACUGACUGCCGAGGAACUCGUUGCGGCGAGGGACAACGUUGCUAUUGGGUGCAUAAAGUACAAUGAUUUGUGUCACAACCGGUGUCACGAGUACAUGUUCAGCUUUGAUAAGAUGCUAGAGGAUAAAGGAAACACUGCUGCGUAUCUUCUCUACCAAUACACGAGAAUCAAAAGCAUUUCUCGGUUGGGCGGCGUGAACGAAGAAGAGGUUCUGCAACGAGCUGCGAAUGAACCUUUGGUCUUGGAGCACGAAAAAGAAAUUAAAUUAGCCAAGACGCUGAUGAAGUUUCCAAUCGUGAUUGAAAGGCUGCUCGAUGACCUGUUACUUCAUUCGCUCUGCGAGUAUCUCUACGAGGUGUCGCAGACGUUUUCGGAAUUUUACGACAACUGCUACUGCAUCGAACGUAACCGGGAAACGAAGGAAGUGAUCAAGAUUCACUACAACAGGCUGAUGAUGUGCGAAGCCACGGCCCGUAUAAUGGCUGCAUGUUUCAAUAUCCUCGGAGUGAAGCCUGUCUCUAGGAUGUGAAAUUCUUGUUGUUGUUGGAUCUAGCAAACGGUUCAAGAAAGCCAAAUAUGCUCAGCCUGCUGAA